CCAACUCAAAAAAGAGGGGAGAAGCUAUACAACAAAACUAGGUAUAGAGACAGAGAGAGAAGAGAGAGAAACCCUACAUAAUCAAAAAGGAAGAUGAGACGAAGCUGAAGACGAUCCAGCUUGGAUUUCGUUGUUCAUCAUUACUACUCUCUCUCUCUUUCUUCUUCUAGCUAGCUAGUUUUGACAACUUAAUUAUCAAGAACACAAAAAGGUCAACUUAAAAAAGAUCUGUUCUUAGAUCGAUCAGUCUCUCUUCUUUCAUUUGAUCCAAUUCCACCAUUGAAUCAUUGAUCAUGGAUCCAGUGCAAUCUCAUGGAUCACAAAGCUCUCUCCCUCCUCCUUUCCACGCAAGAGACUUUCAACUACAUCUCCAACAACAGCAGCAAGAGUUCUUCCACCAUCAUCACCAGCAACAAAGAAACCAAACCGAAGAUGAUCAGCAAGGAGGAGGAUCAGGUGGAGGACUAAACAGACAAAUCAAGAUGGAUCGUGAGGAGACAAGCGACAACAUAGACAACAUCGCUAACAACAGCGGUAGUGAAGGUAAAGACUUAGACUUACACGGAGGCUCAGGAGAAGGAGGCGGUGGCUCAGGAGGAGAUCAUCAGAUGACAAGAAGACCAAGAGGAAGACCAGCUGGAUCCAAGAACAAACCAAAACCACCUAUCAUCAUCACUCGGGACAGCGCAAACGCGCUUCGAACACACGUUAUGGAGAUCGGUGACGGCUGUGAUUUAGUCGAGAGCGUUGCAACUUUCGCACGCAGACGCCAACGCGGCGUUUGCGUUAUGAGCGGUACUGGAAACGUCACGAACGUCACCAUACGUCAGCCUGGAUCUCAUCCUUCUCCUGGCUCGGUCGUUAGCCUUCACGGAAGGUUCGAGAUUCUUUCUCUCUCUGGCUCUUUUCUACCUCCUCCUGCUCCUCCUACAGCCACCGGUUUGAGUGUUUACCUCGCCGGAGGACAAGGACAAGUCGUCGGAGGAAGCGUGGUUGGUCCUUUGCUAUGUGCUGGUCCUGUAGUUGUCAUGGCUGCGUCUUUUAGCAAUGCUGCGUAUGAGAGGUUGCCUUUAGAGGAAGAUGAGAUGCAGACGCCAGUUCACGGCGGAGGAGGAGGAGGAGGAGGAUCAAUGGAGUCACCGCCUAUGAUGGGACAACAACUGCAACAUCAGCAACAAGCUAUGUCGGGUCAUCAAGGGUUACCACCUAACCUUCUUGGUUCGGUUCAGUUGCAGCAGCAGCAGCAUGAUCAGUCGUACUGGUCAACAGGACGGCCACCUUAUUGAUCAAAUAUAUUUAUAGACACACACACUCAUCAUCGUAGCUAGCUAGCUAACGAAGAAUCAUGAGUUUAGUGGAUAUAUCUAUAUGAUUAAAAGGGGUUAGCUCAUGAACAUUAAUUAAUAAGACUAUGGUUUUAGUCGACUAUGAUCAAGAAUCAGGAUUCAGUCGAGCUUCAUUAUGUUUGGUCAACGUUCAUAAGAUGAAUCAGGUUCUUUUUUUUCUUAAAUUUUUAUUUUGGUUCGUUUUAGGCCAUAGACCUUUUCUAUGUCGAUGAUUUGAGUAACAUUUUUCUUUUUGUCUUGGUUUUUGUUCUAAUGAAUUCUCAUUGCUAAGUUUGCAUUAAAUUUGUGUGUGUCGUUGGCUCUAAGUAUGGUUUUCUUAUCAACAUUUCAUGGUGUUUAUAUCGA